UCUAGCCAGGGACGCCACAGCAGUGCUGGAGGUCCCUGUCCAAGUGAUGGUGGGACCAGGAUAGAGGAGCUGCCGCGAGGAUGUCUGAAGCCAAGACCCUGAGCUCCUCUUGCCUUAUGCUUUCCUUGCUUUCCUUGCACUGGGCUUUGCUCCCGCUGGGCCAGGCUUUUCCCAGCACCUCUGACUACCUCCAGCGGGGCUGGCAGCGGCUGCUGGAGGAAGGGGAGGGCUGUGCUGAGUGCCGGCCAGAGGAGUGCCCGGCGCCGCGAGGGUGCCUUGCUGGCACGGUGCGGGAUGCCUGCGACUGCUGCUGGGAGUGUGCCAACCUGGAGGGACAGAUCUGUGACCUGGACAACACCAACCACUUCUAUGGCAAGUGCGGGGAGCACCUGGAGUGCCAGCUGGAUGCCGGGGACCUGCGGCACGGAGAGGUGCCCGAGCCCCAGUGCACCUGCCUCUCCCGCCUGGCCCUCUGCGGCUCCGACGGCAAAACCUACGCCCAGAUCUGCAGGUUCCUGGAGGUUGCCCGUGCCCACCCAGACGCCAACCUCACCGUGGCCCAUGAGGGUCCCUGCGAGUCAGAGCCCCAGAUCACCUCUCCUCCCUAUGACACGUGGAACGUCACCGGGCAGGAUGUCAUCUUCGGCUGCGAGGUCUUUGCCUACCCCAUGGCGUCCAUCGAGUGGAGGAAGGAUGGCACGGAGAUGCUGCUGCCCGGAGAUGACCCCCACAUCUCUGUCCAGUUCAGAGGUGGCCCCCAGAAAUACGAAGUUACAGGCUGGCUCCAGAUCCAGGGUGUGCGGGUGACAGAUGAAGGCACCUACCGCUGCUUCGCCAGGAACCGGGUCGGGGAGGUGGUGGCAUUAGCCAGCCUGACCGUCUUCACGCCAGACCAGCUCAACCUGACGGGCUUUUCCCUGCCGAAGCCCCGCACGACACCCGAGGACUACGGGGAGAGCGAGGAGGACUAUUACUAGCCCGGAGACAGGCUGUCGAGCUGCAGAGAUCACCUUGCCCACAGUGGCCGUUCCCGAGGGUUGGGGACAUCUCCAGAGCAAGCACCCCCCCAGCCCAAAACUCCUUCUCUGAACA